AAUCUGAGCCUCGUCCGCUUCACCAUUAGCCUAAACUACAGAGAGCUUUCGAAGCCUCUUUAGACGCUUUGAGAGAGAGAUUGAGAGAGAUUUGAGUUAUUUAUCAUCGGAAGGAAGGAAGGAGAUCACGAUUUGUUGAUUAGAGUUUCGAAAACAUUCAUUUUCAAAUGGAGGAGAUCACGGAAGGAGUUAACAACAUCAACAUCGCUGACUCUCACAAGAAGAAUCGGAUUCAGGUCUCCAAUACGAAGAAACCACUUUUCUUCUAUGUUAAUCUCGCUAAGAGAUACAUGCAACAACACAAUGAGGUGGAACUCUCCGCUCUAGGAAUGGCCAUUUCUACCGUUGUUUCUGUGGCUGAGAUCCUGAAAAACAAUGGAUUUGCCAUUGAGAAGAAGAUCAGGACCUCCACUGUAGAAAUGAAGGAUGAAUCCAAGGGAAGACCAGUUCAAAAGGCCAAGAUUGAAAUAACUCUUGGAAAGACGGAGAAUUUUGAUGAGCUGAUGGCUGCUCAAGCAGAUCAGACAGAGAAUGGAGAUGCGGAGGUGCAGGUUCAAGGCUGAAAGGGCUUAUUGCCCCUUUCAGAUUGAUCAUAAUCUUUCCCGAUAAAAUGGGGUUUAUCAAAGAAAUGCUAGUCAAUUUUUUACUCAAUCUGGCUUGGGACUGUGAUUAUCCACUCAUGUUGUGUCUACUGCGAUGGCUGGUGAUGAUCUGUUCCAAGUCUAAAUUUUUGUCUGUUUUUGUUAUUUGUGUUUUGGUUAGUUUUAUGUAUUAAAAGACAUUCAUUGUUAGAUUGGAACUUUUAUUAUAGUUUUGAUUAUAGUUUUAUUCUCCUCUCUUAUUCCGUCAAAUUAAACCGUGAU